AUGUGCUGGGGAGUUCAGGACCACAUCUUCUGCGAAUUGUGCCGUCAUGAGACUGCUCUUGACAUCAAUUGGCUAGGUUGUCAACAUGAGUUUUGCGAAGUACACUCGCCUGUCUGCCAGAACCCUAUCAUCUCCAAGCUAAUCACAUACCGCUCAUGCCAGACAUGUAUCACUGAGGCAAACGAUGGAGGUAACCCUGACGACAUUUAUCCAGAGCCCUUUGCUCACCCGGGCUUCUCUGACACCAAGCCCGUGAUCCCAGUCGACAGAGUCCAGUUUCCUGAACCGACGGCCUAUGAAUCGUGUUCGAAUGUUGAGAAUCUUGCAGGACCUGCUGACGAGUUGCCUAGUUACGAGGAUGCGAUGAACGACAUGCCCAGCCCACCUUCUUACGAUUUGGCCAUAUUGCGCUAUAACGAGCCUGAUCCCUGGUUCGCUGCGAGAACCGCUUACGACUUUGCGUUGGAGCGUCAUCAACAGCUGAUGGACGUCGCCCAAAAGUAUAGACAACACAUUCGUAAGUUUUUGACUCAAGGCCCAUCUGCUGACACCAUCAAGAUACUGGACUAUGCGACCGAGAUCAUCGAAUCCUUUCUGUUUGAUCAAGAGCAAAGAAUCUCUCGUAUAGACUUGCUUGGGCCUUCUCUCGGGACAAUUUACAUUGAGAUCGAUCUGCUCCCCAGUCCGCCGGAGAUGGCCUUGCUUGAGCAAAAGCGUCAGUCUAUCAUAAGAGAGCUCGAAGGAUACGCCGAGCGACACAGUACGCUGGAAUCUGCUGAAGAUUGGGAUUUGAGACUCGAGAGUCUGCUAACCCACGUCAGCGUUGAGAUGGCCAGUGCUACCUUGCGGGAGAUUGAUGAGAUGAUGGCUUCUGUGAGGGCUAUGCGUGCAAAUGCUUCGUCGACUUAG